UCAAACGUCAAAGUAUCGCUAAAAUGUCAAUAAGCUAAAAGUUUUGUUAUGAUUAUAAUUUUAACGCUUUAUGUAAUAAAAUCUAAAUAAAUAACACUAAAAUGUCUUUACAUUCCACGUUAAAUGAUUCAAAUUUAUAUACUAACGAAUAUUUCCAACAAGAAGAUGUCUGUAGGCUAUGCUGGAGUAAACAAGCCAAAAGAGAAAUUAUUACAAACAAUUUAGAAGAUAUAUCUAUUAUUAAGAAUCAGUUAAUAGAUAAAAUACUUUAUUGUUUAAAUAUAGAUAUAACAGAACUAAACUAUCCGAAUAGAGUGUGUGAAAACUGUAUCGAUUUAUUAGAUGAAUUUUACGAAUAUAAAAUCUUUUGUAGCGAAGCUGAUAGAAAGCUACGUACGAUUUUAGCAGACAAAUCAAAUAUUGAUAAAACAGAAGAAACUUGUACCGUUAAAUUAGAGAACAAUACAAUUGAAUUUGAAAACUCUGAAUAUUUAAACACAAAUUUUAAUGAUUUGAAGAACACUGAUUUGGAAACAGACACAUUACCAAAACACGUGAAAGAUAAAAAAACGAAAAAAAAAUCUAGUUACAAGCCUGUACGUACAUUAACUUACUGUAAUAUCUGUAGAAUUGAAUAUAACAGUAAAGAAAGUAUUAUGGAACAUAAUUCAACAUAUCAUGGUAUUGAAAAUGGUUUUUACAAGUGUUUUGGCUGUGAGAAGAAAUUUAAAAAUAGAAAUUCUAGAUUAAGCCAUGAGAUACACUUCUGUAAAGGUUUAAAAGAUGGCUAUCAAUGUAAUAUUUGUAAUAAAUAUCUACCAAAUCGUAGAACAUAUGAAAACCAUAUGCGGGCACAUCGAGACAACAUUGAAAUGGAGAUAUCUGAUGAUAUAUUUAAGUGUUUCAAAUGUUACAAAUUGUUUAACACAAAAACAAGUUUGAAGAAACAUAUGGAAGUGCAUAACACAGAGAAAAAGAAUUUUGUUUGUGAGAGUUGUGGUCGUAUCUUUACUCGACGGGACUAUCUAAACAAACACAAUCUGACACACACAGGAGUCAAACAACAUGUUUGUUCUCACUGCGGCUUCCGGACUACACAGAAGUCUGCCCUUACAGUACAUAUAAGGAAGCAUACUGGCGAGCGCCCAUAUGUAUGUGAUGUGUGCCCUCAACGCUGCGUUUCCAGUUCUAAUCUACGAGCCCACCGCCGCCGACAUCUUGGUCUCAAGAACUACGAGUGUAAAAUAUGCAGUAAGAAGUUUGGUUACAAGAUAAGUUUGGACGACCACGUGGCAUCAGCACACGAGCGUUCACAAAACCACACCUGCGGUCAGUGUGGUGCUGCGUAUACCAGACAAAGUGGACUUCGUCGCCAUGUUAUGACCAAACAUACUAAAGUUAGUUUGAGUACAGAUUUACUCAAACUAAAUGAAAAGAUUGAAGAAAAAGAUGAUAAUCCGAAAUAUGAAAAGACACAACUUGCAUUCAUUGUAUAAGACUGAAUAAAAAUGACAA